CAUUGUGGACACACUGAUAGGGUGCGGCUGAACGCGUUGGGUCAGGAACGAAUCGUAACACCAUGAACCUGCUGACUGCUCGUACCAUCAGUGUGGUCCCAUGCGUCAAACCCUACGGAGAUGACAUCCACUAGCGAGAAGCCUAUCAUAUCACAGGAAGUCGACUUUGCAACAUCAACGCCAGCCGCGCCACGUGCUUUGUGGAGCUUAACGAGCGGCGAUCAGCGAUUUGCUUCCCGCGGAAUCCGCCAGCGGUACAACAACAGGAGAGUUCGACAACCCUUCGUUCGCCUCACACCUAUCGACAGUGCUGGAGACAUCGCUAUCGUUGAGAUUAUCUCUCUACCGUCUUCGCGCGAACAGUUGCUAGCCUCGCGUCUUACACACGCUCUAGAAGCUUGCAAAUUGUCCGAGUCAUGGCCGGUGUUCGUCGCCACCAGAGUCGGCCACAGCGAGAUUGUAGAUCUCGCUGUCGAAGCUCUUGCAAAUGCACAGCAGUAUGCCGCAUCGAGAUAUGUGGGUUCGCCUAACCGUUCGCUUAUGCCGUAUACCAAUGCUCUCACGAAGCUAAGAUGUGAUCUGAACUGUCCGGAGAAGAUCCAUCAAGACGAUACAGUGAUCACGGUUGCGCUCCUUGCAUUGGUGGAACAUCUUCUGUCGCCAAUCAGUCCACCCUUCCGGUCGCAUCUGCACGGAUUAUAUGCGCUUCUCGCUCAUCGUCCACCAUCACAUCCGGACCAUGAAAGCGAUGUCAUACGAGCUAUUUUCUAUGACCACUGGACGUUCGCCUUCCUGAAGCCAUGCGUGCAGGGCACCGCGUCGCCCUUCGACCGUGAUGAUUGGUGUCGAAUGCAGCCAGUGGCGAUGGACGUACUACAACCGGCUGUAAUUACCCUACGACGAAUUGCGAAUGAACUCUUCAUCCGUUUCCCGAGACUGAUAGCACACAUCCGCGACGCUCGGCAGAGGGAUCCACCUGAGCUCAAGUACGAUGCAGUGACCCUGGCGGCGAAGCUUGUAGGAUUAAAGGAUGCGGAGGCCGAGAAUGAACUCCUGCAUCAAGUUGAGUUGGAGAGGACGUCUUGGGCAGUCGAUCAAGAAAUCAUCCCGGUCUCGUUUCGCUUCUUGCGUGUCGCGCAGUACGAGGCUGCGAUAUACUACUGGCAGGCUCAGCUCUUUCUCGCUCGGAUAUGCAAGCGAGCCAACGAGCUAGUGCCCGAAGACGAAGCUUUGCCGGUUGACGAAGACGAAAUGCGCCGAAUGUGCAAGAAUAUCUUCAUGUCCUUUCAGUACACCCUCGGUGCCGGCAUGCCGGGCAUCAGCGCAGUCCAGAUGGCCGUAGUGGCGUGCUGGGGUUCGCUGAUUGACUUCCCGAAGCUGUUUGAGCCGAAAUUCAAUGCUGAGACGCUUCGGUCAUGGAUCGUUGAAAGCAUCAAUGCCAUGACGCAGGGGUGGUUCGUGUUGACUUCGUAG